AUGAUUUUAACCAUUUCAAUUUACACAAAAUUCAGUGAUGCUUCAAACAAUAAUAUUCAAUUUAAUAAUAAUAAUAAUAAUAAUAAUAAUAAUAAUAAUAAUAAUAAUAAUAAUAAUAAUAAUAAUAAUAAUAAUAAUAAUAAUAAUAAUAAUAAUAAUAAUAAUAAUAAUAAUAAUAAUAAUAGCAAUGACAUAAGUUUAAAUAAUGAUCAAAAUCCUACAAACUCAACUUCAAUACUUAUAAAAUCUGGAGAACUUUUUAAAAAAAAAGGUACAUCUUGUCAAGAUGAUUCAUUUCAAAUAGAUUUUAUAGAGACUGAAAUACCUAUCCCCAUUCAAAUGAAUAACAGUUUUCUUGUUUUUAUUAGUUGCGCCCUCUUAGUGCUGGCUUUCGUAAAUGUAUUAACCUUUUAA